UGCAGCGCUCCGCGCCCCGCGGCUGAGCGGCUCCGCGCCGGGGGCUCCAUGGGCUGCACCGGCAGCGCCCUGCGCUGCUGCCCCGACGGAGGGAAGAGACAGCUAAAAGCCCAGCAGCAAAGGGGAUCAGCUUCCCAGGAGCUCACAGCCUUGAAGACAGAGAAUGCCAGUGCUGCCCCAUUGCCUGAGGAUGGGAAGGAGAAGGCUGGGCUGCAAGAGGAGCAGACAGGGAGCACGAGACUCCACCAAGGCCAUGAGGAGGAGCUGCAGGAUGCCAGCCAGGCAGGCAGCACGGGCAUCACCCAGGACUUCACCAUCCAGGUGGAAAAGGGAAAAGAAUUGGAGCUGGAAGAGCAGUUUGAUGCCCUGAGGAGAGAGCACACGGAGACUCUGCAAGAGCUCCAGAGAGCACACGAGCAGGAGAAGCUGCUGCUGACAGAAUCACACCACAGGUCCCAGGCAGCCUUACAGGAGAUGAUCCAGGCACUGAAUUCACAACUGAAGUGCUUCCAGGAGAGGAUGAAGCGGGUGGAGGAGUCACUUUUGAGCACAGACUACAAGAAGCACAUCCAGGAACAUGGCAGCCCCAGCCCCUUCUGGGAGCAAGAGCUGGAGAGCCUGCACUUUGUCAUUGAGAUGAAGAACGAGCACAUUCACAGCCUGGACAAGAAGCUGCUGAACCUGGAGAGCGUGGCGGAAAGAAACCUUCUGCUGGAGGAGAAGGUGAAGACUCUGCAGCAGGAGAACGAGGACCUACAAGUUCGCACCCAGAACCACUUGGUGAUGGCGAGGCAGCUGUCGGAGGAGCUGCUGGCCGCCCGCGGGGCCCUGGAGAAGGAGGCCCAGCUGCGGGAGCAGGCUCACCGCGAGAAGGAGGAGCUGCUGUACCGCGUGCUCAAUGGCGGGGACGGCUCGCCCUUCGCCGUGGCUGCCGGAGAGGUGCCGCUCGUCGCCACGUAGCACUGCGCCGACUGCACUCGUGGAGGAGCCCGGGCCGGGAGCCUGGGGCUGCUCUCAGCAGGGCCCCCGCUGCCGGGACAGGCCUCAGGGCUGGCCGAGCCCCACCGACCAGCAGGGCGAUGGAGCGUUGCACAGGACACUCGUGCCUGCCUUUCACCAGCCCGUGUGGGGCUGCAGGGAGAUCUCCGCCACCCCCCCGUGCCAUGCCUGCACCCCUUCUCUGGUGGGAGGCAGUGAGGGGCUUUUGGGGAGUAAAAGGGGUCAGCCAGGACACACAGACAUGCAUUGGUAUGGAUCCAACCCAGUGCUUGACUCUGAGCAUCACCAGUGCCGGUGCUGCCUGAGGCUGUGAGGCGAGGAAGGCAGGCAGUCACUGGGACCGGAUGGGGAUGAGCACUGGGAGGGUGAGGAGGGUGUUGGGAACAUGGUGGUGUUAAGCUAUCUCUCUGGGGAGUAUCCCUGGGAUGUGGGUGGCCAAGCUCAGGACUGAGCCAUGGAGGCUUUCACGGGCAGAAAGGAUGAGUGCAGCUGGAUAUAUCUGCCACCUCCUUGCUAUAGACUGUGUAAAUCUGUCCCAUUUUGGGGCUUGACUCAGGCUGAUGCCACCCACUCCUGCCAUUUCCAGUGAAAGCAGAGCUUCUCCUGCCCGGGGCCUACCUCACUUCUUGGGGAGCAUCUUCAGCCAAUGGCUCCCAAGGAUUGCUCCUGCAGCCCAGGCAUCUCACUGCCACACAGAUACCAAGCCUUCCUUGUCCCCCCAUCAGUCUCACUGGCUCCAUCUUCUCCCCAAAAGCCGGGCAGAGGCUAGGUGCCCCAAGGUGCAUGCUCAGGGAGCAGAGCAUCCUCUCGAGGGCUGUGGGCUGCAGCGGGUCACAGCCCUCCCUGCUCCAAGCCAGCACAUCCCUGUGGGGCAAGGGGCUGGAUGCACACAAGCACUUUCCACUGGGCACACAAGUGUGGUGGGACAGUCACUGCUGCGGGGCCUGGUGCUGGCCUGUCCCUUCCCUGGGGCUGUGUAGCUUUGGGCUGCAUGUGUGUACGUGUGUGUAUGCGUGUGCACCAGGCCAACGUGCUCCUGGCUGUAACAAUUACAAGUCUGUUAGAAGCAGCA